UCAGUAUUCGGCUACAGUCGGGAGUUUCCGGUGAGGGUCAGUAGCUCGGUUGGCAAACUUCAGGGGUAGACAUGGCUUCUCCGUCCCGCAGGCUGCAAACAAAGCCCGUUAUAACGUGUCUAAAAAGCGUCCUGCUCAUAUACACCUUUAUCUUCUGGUUCACAGGUGUCAUACUAUUGACAGUAGGAGUUUGGGGCAAAGUUAGCCUGGAUGUGUAUUUUUCACUCCUCAACGAGAAUGCCACCAAUGUACCCUACGUCCUUAUUGCCACUGGUGCUGUCAUCAUCCUUCUGGGAACCUUUGGCUGCUUUGCCACAUGCCGUGGGAGCACGUGGAUGUUGAAGCUGUAUGCCAUGUUCCUGUCCAUCAUUUUCCUGAUCGAGUUGGUAGCUGCCAUAGGGGGCUUGGUUUUCAGACAUGAGAUUAGAAACAGUUUUGAAAAUAACUACAUGCAGGCUCUGAAACAGUACAACUCUACAGGAGAGCCAAGGAGUCAAGCAGUGGACACCAUUCAGAGAACUCUGCAAUGCUGUGGGGUGAAAUCCUAUACUGACUGGGGAAACACAUCCUACUACAAGACAAGUGGAAUUCCCCAAAGCUGCUGCAGUGUACCAAAUAACUGUACAGAUGCAGACAUGAAGGACCUGGUUAAAGCAAAAAGCAAAGUUUUCCCACAGGGUUGCAUUUCUUUGGUAACUACAGUAAUGGAGUCAAGAAUGGGCGUUGUAGCUGGAGUUUCAUUUGGAAUUGCUUGUUUUCAGCUUGUGGGAAUGUUCCUGGCAUGUUGCCUCUCUCGUUACAUUACAAACAACCAAUAUGAGAUGGUGUAAUUGCAGCCCACCGCCAAAGGGAUAAAGGGAGUUUUCUUUUCCGUUCUCAGCUUCUGAAAUUUACCUUCCCAUUACCCAACUGUUCUCGCGUAAACAUGAAAUGGGCUUUCCAGUAACUGCUGCAAAUUCAUUACACUACAACUGUUUGGCUGACAAAUUAUAAAUAUAAUCUAUAUUGUCACAAAGGACCAGGCAUUUGCACAUUACAUUUCCAGAAUACUUGUAGCAUUAGGAGAACAAAAAUGCAAUUUAUUGUGCUAACUUUGCUUUUACCCAAGGCCUGCGACACCGUAUCCAUGGUUACACACAGUAUAUAUGUACAGACAUAAAAGAUCCCUAAUUGAUCAAACCUUUAGGUGACAGAGUCUUGGAAAGAAAUAUACUACAGCCAUUUGGUGGAGGGUUGGUUGCUUGUGGGAAGCAGUUUUGCAUUUACCUAGUAAAAGUUAGCUUGACAUUUUAUGAAUGGCUGUGCCAAAAAAAGUUCAUUAUUUGUGACAAUUAAAAAACAAUAUUCUUCCAAAAGGCACAGCAAACAUUAACAUAUGUUUAUAAUUUAUGUGUUGAUGUAUUAGGUUUUGCAACUGAAACCAAAAGGAAAUAGACAUUUCACGGACCAAAAACACUACAGGAUGUUUUACUUCAAAAGAAAAAGAUUUAAACUUACAAACUCCUAAGCAAUAUCACACUGCUCCACCUGCAUUAUGUGUCAUUUCAAUAGGGACGUCUAGAAAGCAAACUAGUUGGUAACAGCGUUGGAUUUCCAGAUAAGAUGUCAGGUCAUAAAGUAGCAACCGAAUAACCAGAAAAAUAAAUGUUGCAAAAUAGCUUUAUGCCGCUCAAGGGGAAAAUAGAGACAAGUUUUAUGGGCCGACCUAUCCCCACUAUUAGAUUCACAAUCAGUGCCACAAAAGAUAAAAUAGAACUUUUGCAGGAAUUAUGUUAUAUUAUGUAAUGCAAUGAAAGGAUUUUUUGUUUCCAAAUCUUAAAUCUUUUCUCUUAGUAUAGUCUGGAUUAUUAAAUUGUACAGAAAUGCAUUUUCAUAAGCAUCUUUUGACGUUGGCAUGUACACUAUUAUACAAAUUUUGAUUUGAAAACUGACUGGUUUUGUUAAAGGAACAUACUCUACCGACAAAGGAUAUUGAAGUGCUGUUGGCUACUUUAACAUUUUGAAAAUUGAGCAUUUUACAUGACCGCAUAUAACUGCCAAACCUAAAUGUCUAGACAUAACAUUUUCAUAUUGACAUCCUUCUCUGUCUGUAAGUAUAGACAGGAAGAUUCCUGCUUAUGAAUAUGAGCCUUUUUACCUAUUUACAUGGUAAAUUAUUUUGUUGGUAUUUAGACACCAAUUUUACCUUGCUAUUUUAUUAUAAAGAGGAUAAAUUAUUGUUAAGAUGUGUUCAAUUUCAGCUACCAGCAGCAAUUUCUUUUUAACACUUUGUAUUUAGUCUUGAUAGUUUCUGCAUUUUUAACAUAUCUUAGUGAUUUAUUUUUUAAAAUAAAAAGGGACUUACCUUGUUUACUGAGACUUGCUAGAUUACUGGGAUUGGCUAGCAAGCAAGAUUGGAUGUCAGUAUUAUACUUUAAUGUGAGAUUAUUUUUCUUGUUUUUGUCUUUAUACACAAUAAACAUAUAUUUCUCUUCUAAA